GGGAAGCGCCUGAAAGAAAAUAGAGGGGCACUCAGUUCUUUCUUCUUCCUGAGAACAACUGAUAGGCGAUUAGCUGAAGCCGCUAUCUGAUGUACCUUUAGCCCGAAAUGAUAGUGUCCCAGAGGAGGGGAAUAUUUCCCUGUCCACGAGGUCACAGCGGCUGCAGAGACCCAGUGUGCCAGGAGAAAUGGUGCUGUGGUGAGGGUGCCUGGAAAGGGCCGAGCUCAGAACCAAGAGGAGAAGGAUUUCCACAGCUUGCAAAGAGCCGAUAGUGGAGCCGCCUGCAGGGAGCGAGACCUUCCACUGCCAACAUGAAGGAAGCCCCUGAAAAUAUCUCUCUGGAGGGUGCCGGCUGGAGCCAGGUGGCAUGCAAGGGCUUGCCGACCAAGGCCCAGGACAGUAUUUUUUGCUCUGAAGAAGAUAACAGUCUAUAUUUCACAUACAGUGGAAAAUCAAACGUUCUCGAGGUCAAAGAACUCAACUACCAGGUUAACAUGGCAUCCCAGAUUCCCUGGUAUGAAAGCCUCGCACAGAUGAAAAUGCCAUGGACCUGCAAAUCGGAUCCCCGUUCUCACGUGUCAGUCAUUCAGAAUCUGAAUUUAAAAGUUCAAAGUGGUCAAAUGCUAGCUAUUAUAGGAAGCACAGCUGGUGGAAAGACAUCCUUGCUUGACGUGAUAACCUGCCGGGAUCACGGAGGAAAAAUCAAGUCUGGUCAAAUCUUGAUCAAUAACAAACCCAGCACUCCCCAGCUUGUUAAGAAAUGCAUAGCACAUGUGCGGCAGGAUGACCGACUGCUCCCCCACCUGACUGUCAGAGAAACACUAUUGUUCGUUGCCAAACUGCGCCUUCCAAAGUUUUUUUCAGACUCGCAAAGGAAAAAAAGGGUAGAAGAUGUUAUAGCAGAACUACGCUUGCGUCAGUGUGCAAACACAAGGGUAGGGAACGAGUACCUCCGCGGCGUUUCGGGAGGCGAGAGACGGAGAGUGAGCAUCGGUGUGCAGCUGCUCUGGAACCCGGGAAUACUCAUACUUGAUGAGCCCACAUCUGGACUGGACAGUUUUACUGCGCAUAACCUUGUGAUAACGUUAUCCAGACUGGCCAGAGGAAACAGAUUAGUUCUUCUUUCACUUCAUCAGCCCCGCUCAGAUAUCUUCCAACUGUUUGAUUUAGUUCUUCUGAUGACUUCUGGAGUCACUGUCUAUUCUGGAACAGCUAGAGACAUGGUCCAGUAUUUCACAGAACUCGGCUAUCCCUGCCCAAGGUACAGCAAUCCUGCAGAUUUCUAUGUUGAUUUGACUAGCAUCGAUAAACAGACCACAGAAAAGGAGAUAGAAAGCCGACAAAGAGCAAAUACUCUUGCCAACUUGUUCCUAGAAAAAGUCAAAGAUUUUGAUGAUUUCUUAUGGAAAGUUACUGAAGACGACGAUGUUGCAACCACAUUCAGCAAGCAAAGGUCUCAUUUAGAUUCAGAAGAGGCUAUUGACAUGCCUCACCAUUCAAGUGAUCAGUUACCAGGAGUCUUAAAGCAGUUCACUAUAUUAUUAAGUCGUCAAGUCUCCAAUGACUUCAGAGAUCUUUCAACGCUAUUAAUCCAUGGAUUUGAGGCCCUUCUCAUGUCAUUAUUAAUUGGAUUUUUGUACUAUGGCCAUGACAAAACCAGACUCUCUAUUCGUGACACAACAGCACUGUUGUACAUGAUAGGUGCACUAAUCCCAUUCACAGUGAUUUUGGAUGUUAUUGCCAAAUGUCAUUCGGAAAGAGCUAUGCUUUAUCAUGACUUGGAAGAUGGCAUGUACUCUGUUAGCCCAUACUUCUUUGCUAAGAUUUUGGGGGAGCUCCCAGAACACUGCGCUUUUGUUAUAAUUUAUGGGGUUCCCAUCUACUGGCUGGCAAACCUCAUUCCUGAGCCAGAACAUUUCCUGCUGAACUUCUUCUCCGUGUGGCUGGCUGUAUACAGCGCCCGCGCAAUGGCACUUUGGGUGGCAGCGCUGCUGCCGACGUUACAGCUCUCAGCCUUCUUCGGCAAUGUCCUUUUCACAUCGUUCUACCUGAGCGGUGGUUUUGUGAUAAGCUUGGAAAACCUCUGGACCGUUCCAUUUUGGGUUUCUAAAAUCUCUUUUCUCCGAUGGAAUUUUCAAGGCAUGAUGCAAAUUCAGUUCACUGACCUUACAUAUGAAAUGACUGUUGGAAAUACUACAUUUCAAAUACCAGGGAAACUUAUCACUCACGCUCUGGACCUGGACUCCCAUCCUCUCUACGUAAGCUAUCUUGUCCUCGCUGCUAUCGUUUGCAGCUUCUUGCUUUUAUACUACUUAUCUCUGCGGUUCAUCAAGCAGAAAUCAAACCAAGACUGGUAAGGGCAAACCAUGUGGAUGGGGCAGCGAGUUACAGCGUUCCUUGCAAGAAAUCGAGCUUAUUUUGGGUCACCUCCGCGGCCGGUACCUGGCUGGUACCAGCUGGCCACAGGAUGGCAGCAGAACUCCAGGAGUCGGAAGGCAGAGCUGUGCUCCUCCACAGAACCUGCAACAAACGGGGGCUUCAGCCUGGGGCUGUGUCUGUCGUUGGUUUUGUUUGUUUGUUGUCUAUUUUUGGGUUUUGUCUGUUUGACAUAGGGGUUUUAUAGGUGACAAGACGCUUACGAGUUCUCCACACCUUGAACUAUUCUAAGCUAUAGGCCACUGAUUUAAAAGGCCGCAUCCCACUUUGUAAUAGCUGAUAUUUUAGUCCAUAAUGUUUGAACGUAUAGUGAUCACGUACUUAAUUCAGAGAGCUCCGAGAGAGGCGAGAUCAGCACACAGAAAACGCCACGUAUAAGACUGAGCACUCGUAAGAACAGCGCAGAGGACAGCAACACAGAAGAUUUCACUGGUGCUUCAGGGGAACGCGCAAGGAUGGAAAACACAACUGUUAACGACGCUGUGUUGUUUCUACUUCCUUAUGUAUUUUAAGGCUUUGCUUUUGUGUUCCAGUUAGAUGCUGUUGGUGCCCAAAAUGGGUAUUUUCUCCCUGUACGGAUGAUUUGUUGUAAUGGAUAACUUUAUCUCACCUGCUUGGAUUUAUUGCUACAGUACAAAUACAUACCAACAGCAAUUUGACAAGUUUGAUUCCUAAGAUUCUCAGGUAGAAAACACCAAACUGCCCCUCCAGUAAUUAAAAAUCUAACGGUGCAAUCUAUGAAAUGCUUGUAAUUGUGCACCUAGUUAUGCUCAGCCAUAAGACACAAAUACUCCGCGAAAAUGAGUAACAGUAAAUAAAUGGCUGUAAUUCACACACAGUCAUGGUAAACGCACGUGCAAAUGAGGUGUACGGUUGUUGCGAGCAUUUUAUAAGAUUAGCUUGGUUGAUUUUAAAUGCUUGGGUGCGUAUGUCUGUGCUUAUAUACAGAGACCCAAAGCACACCGUCUACUCCACUUCCAUUUACGUGUUGCAUACAGUGGAAAACUCCUGGUGUAAUCAGCUAUAAUGCCCUGGAUACUCUUAAGUAAAUCUUUACUUAUUUUAUUAUACAUGUAAUUUUUUUUGAGAAAUAAGACUGGAAGAACAUCAAUAUUUUAUUAUUCUGUUUGGCAAUUCGGGCUGCCACACUACUUCCCACAGGUUCCACGUGGUACUAAAUUCCCAGGAAGACCUUAGUCUAGAGAUGUUAAGCAGGUCUGAUAAAGUAACAGCUUCAGCCCCAGGCAGCUGUAGGAAUCCAAAACACUCCAAGGUUUUUCUAAGGUGAAUUCUACCACUUCUCUCUGGUUCUGCUGCAUUUGAUUUUGAAAAAACCCACUUGAUCUCAUCCUAGUGCCAUUUUGGAAUUAUCAGAUUUUCAUUGCCUUCUAAUGGCAAAGCCAAUUCUUUCAGUCCAAUUCAGCAUCAUUAAAUUGUCAGAAUAGCAGCUUCCUGUUUGAUUCUUAAUUAUUCCUUUUUAUUAUAUUUAAGACAUUUAAUUUUUUUUAAAGUGGUUUACUCUUCUUUGUAAUGAUCUGUUGUGAUUAGAAUCUCUUUUAUAUUACACUGAAGUUUUAAGGGUAUAUAUUGGUACUUCUAGUCUAAACCUCUAUUUUCAAGGUAUUUAGAGGAUUAAAUUCUAGGCUGACUCUCUGUUGUGAAUUCACUUUGAUGUUUAAUAAAAAAAAAAAGGAGAGACACAAUGGGAGAAAUUAAAGACAUAAGGGACAGCUCUGAAUUUUAGGGGCAUAUUGUCACGCACAGAAAUCUUCAGGCACCUAGAUAAGAAUAUACCAUAGCCUUAACUUCGAAUUUCCUUCCUUUUGUGAAAUUAGUCAGGCUGCUGACAUUACUUAAACAGCCUUUUUCGAUUUAAAAUUCCACCCUCUUAACAUCAUGCAGCAGGACCAAACGGUGUGAGUGUUUCAGAGGUGGUGUUAUGACAAGGGUAGAUGGGGACAUAAUGGGGACUUGAGCGGGGAGCCUGGGAACAGCCAUCGCAGGGGGUGUAGGAAGAGCUAUCAUAGGAUGUGGCCAGGCCCGUGUUUACAUAGAAAAAGCUCAUAUUCUAUAUACUACAAUUACAUUAGCACGCUGCCUAUGAUCAUAUCUUGUUUCCUUGAUGCCUAGAGAUGGGGAAUAUAGGCUGUGAUUAUUGUUACAGGCUUUAGCAAUAAGAAGAUAGGAGCCUUGAAAUACCAGCAAUUAGCGUUCGUGCCUAACAAUAGCAUGCCGUGGGGCUGUGUACAGAGAAGCGCGCAGGGAAGAGUGGGUGGAUGACACAACCUGCCCCACUCGCGUUACUGGGAGCUGAAAAAUAGUACAAGUUUAGGGGAAAUUAUGCACCUCUCAGCAGCGAAGAUCACGCUUUGGCCUCUACGUUCGUGUCCUGCUUCAUGCUGGUUGCGUGGGGGAAAGGUUUCACACUUCCAUAGCGGAGCCGUUGCCGCUGCAAAAAAACAGUGGUUAGCGAGGGAACAGAAAUCUUCCCGGGGGUUCUAACCAAGGCUAAAUGUCAUCAUUUCAUUUCAGCACAGCUUCGCUUUCCAAAUUUCACAGUUCCUUUUCCUCAGACUCGCCGGUGUCAGCAGCCGCUCGGCGUGCCCUCCUGCCUGCCCUCCCCAUACCAGCGUAACCAGAGGCACCGCAGCCCACAACCACCACAGCACAAAGAGCAAAGACCACCAGCGAGACGCGGCACGGAACACGUCAGUACUGCCCAUUCCACAUGUGGCAACGUUUAUCUCGUUACAGACUUAAGCACCACGGCAAGGCAGAUCUGCCAUCGGAGUGGAGCAGAGCAGUGCCCACCAGUCCAACAACACUGCCAUCCCGAGGAUUCACCAUCUUUGCUCCCCUGUAUCCUGCCCUGGGCAGGUUGGAAAAAGAUCUCAGCUGUACGUCGCGGUGCCUGCUCCUGCAGCAACCAGCUGUGUGGCAGCACGAAGCUGGUUUUGAAAUGGUACCACGUUUAGUUGGUUGUGGAGCUCACAAGCUGAUUUGCCCAACUGCUGUCUGAACUACCAGCCGGGGCGUGACCUACCUGCAACAGGCUAUAGGGUUUCGGACCGCAUACACAUCAAAUUCGGGAAU